AUGAAACAAGCAGAAUACCUGCCUCAAGAUGGCGCCGAGCUUUCGGACACGGAGCAAUCAAGCGAGGUGAUGAGAAACCCGGAAGCCCCACUUACACAGCUGGUACUACAAAUUAUGCUUGACAGCGCAGUUACCAGAAUGCAGUCUACAUUCACAGAAGCUAUCGCUGAGGUUAAGAAAGAUCUCACAAAACUGGCUGCACGAACGCAAUGUUUGGAGAUGGACUUUCAAAAUUUAAACACUGAAACAGAAAAACACUUAACCCUGCUAGAAGAUCAAAUAGUCUUUCAAGAGUCUAAGAUCAUGAGUCUGAAGGACAGAUCACGCCAAAAUAACAUUCGUUUAAGAGGUAUAUCGGAAGAAGUAACCACACAAGAAAUUGACAUCCUAUGUUACAGAAUUUUUUCAAAUUUUACUACCAGAUAUUCCAACUGAUAAAUUAUUAUUAGAUUGUGUGCACAGAGUACCGAAACCACAACAUCUACCCUCCUCUAUACCAAGAGAUGUCCUCACAAGACUAAAUUUCUUCCAUAUUAAAGAGCAGAUCCUAAGAGCUCACAGAAAUAAAAAAGAGAUGUUGGAAAGAUUUAAAGGAAUAUGUAUGUUUAUGGACUUCUCAGCGGAGACUAUGAGACGAAGACGGACAUAUAAAGUCAUCACAGAAACCCUCAGACAUAAUAAUAUCCCUUAUCGUCGGGAGAAUCCAGUUAACCUUAUUAUUCUGAAAGAAGAAGGAAACACAACCGUGACUUCGCCACUAGAAGUAGAGGAGCUGUUACGGAAAUGGAAGAUCCCUUUAUUGCACAAGCAAGAUAACGAACCGAGCAGGAACCCUCAAGAAAAUGGCCGUGUACUAAAAUCCAAGACAACUACUCCAAAGGAAGUUUAG